AUGGUGAGUCACGUGAUAACAUUUGGGGUGGUGACCUGGUGGUGUUGAGAUAGAGAGGAUGACACCUGGUUGACACUCCCGCUGCUGCUGCCGCCGUGACCACUUCCACUCCCUGCAACUAAAAACCACCAUCAUGUCAGGUUAUGGACAAUACCCGCCCGGCCAGUACCCACCCGGACAGUACCCUCCAGGCCAGUACCCGCCAGGCCAGUACCCGCCAGGACAGUACCCACCUCCUCAGUACUACCCGCCUCAAGGGCCGAACGUGGAAGUUGUGGUGAAGGAGAAGCCCGGCCAUGCCCCCGUGGUGAAGGAAAAGGUGGUCGUCAAGGAAGGGCCUAACGUAGAGGUGAUUGUAAAGGAGAAGCGUCAGGCGCCUCCUCCUCCUACAGUGGUUGUGAAGGAAAAGGUGAUCGUGGAGGAGCGUCGCGGGCCAGGCGCGGGGAUGCUCGGGGCCGCAGCUCUGGGCGUGGGCCUGGGACUCGCUGCGGAAGCUGCUCUAGAGGGCAACCACCAUCACCACCACGGCCAUCGCCACGGUCACCAGCACGGUCACCACCACGGCCACCACGGCCAUCACCACCACCACUAAAAGGAAGAACACUUUAUAUUGCUACAACCAUCACCACCACUGAAGAAAGGACGUUUUAUCUUGCCACCACCACCACCACUACCACCGCUACCACGUUUGUCACCAGCACUAAGGAAAAGUUUAUCCUGCUAUCCACAACCCCCCACACAUCAUCCACACCAAACACCACACUAAAUAAAAAGUGAUAAUAACAGCGACAUCGAUAACAGAGAUUAAAAAGGGCAUAAUUAAUGAGAUGACAGCAGGUAACUCACGGCAGGUAGCAAGUGGGGCAUUAAUCCGCACAACACCCAUCCUGCACCAACCAACUUGUCACCCUACGAACACCUACUCUGCCACAUCCUGUUACCCUGCACAACGCCCACCCUGCAAGACACCCAUCCAGCUACCUCCACCCUGCACGGCCCACACCUUGCCAUACUGUCACCCUGCACUCCUUGGGACCCGCGGACCUGAUCCUCGGCACCCACGCCCUAAGCUACACUCCUCGUCCGCAUGACUCCAGAGAGUGUGUGUGGCGGAGCAUGGGAGAAUUGGAAGCACCUGCCGCCAGCCUGGACGAGGGCGCCACAAGACGGCAAGAUGGCGCCGCGCCCUUAAUCGCUGGAUUUACUCUGACGACAUGUAAUUAAUGGCUUUUGCUUCCUCUCUCUCUCUCUCUCUCUCUCUCUCUCUCUCUCUCUCUCUCUCUCUCUCUCUCUCUCUCUCUCGUGACGUGAUCCCCACUAAUGCUGAUUAAACACAACGAUAUCUCUCUCUCUC